GCUGCAAUGGAAGCGGCGAUUGCGCGCGGACAAGGCAAAACUACGACGGGCGCAGUCCUCGAGCAUCUGACGCUGGAGGCCAUCAUGCCACCCACGGUCGCUAUGAUUAUCGAGGCCGAAACGGAUAAUAGGAAUCGGACAUUGAUGGAUUUGAAGCUUUUGGUCAAGAACCACGGAGGGUCGGUUACGCCCACCAGCUACCUAUUCCAGAAGAAGGGGCGGGUAGCUUUCGAGAAAGACGAGAGGAAUUUGGGGGUCGAUGAGGUGCUGGAUGAAGCCAUUGAAGCAGGCGCGGAAGAUGUCGAAGUGGACGAAGACGGAAGCAUUAUAGUAUGGACGGAGCCAAACAAGACGAUUUCCGCGGCAGAAGCUUUGCAGAAGAGUCUAAACCUGAAGGUAGAGAGCUCGGAUAUUAUUUGGGAUGCGAAUGAGGAUACGAAGGUCCAAUUGGAGUCGGAACAAGUGGUGAAAGCGCUAUCGACUUUUAUUGAGGCGCUGCAGGAAAAUCCCAAUGUCCAGGGAGUAUAUGCCAAUGUCUCGCAAGGCAGUCUUGCGGAUGAUGUCUGGGAGGAUCUACAAAGUAGACUUGAUGCAUAGAAUGUAGAGGAGAUGGGCAUCUGUAGAGUACAUGUACAACAAUGAUAGACUAUACCCCUCCAAUUCGUCCAUUUGCGGGUUAUGCGAGCGGAGACCCAGACCAUUAUAUGACCACAACUACCCAUAGCCAUAACUAUUCCCCCAACGCCUGCAAUGAGAACUCCACCUAAUCAGACAUGUAUAUAUUAUCCUUCAUGUGGUCCCAGAAAAUGGCAAGGCGGCACGUAUCUGGACUUGCCCAUCCCC